AUGCAACGUGUAUGUUUUUGUAAAACAGUUUCUUUAUUUAAUCAUGUUUUACAGCCAAGUCAAGCCAUAGCACUUUUCUAUCAAUCAUUAAUAUUUUCAUUAAAAAAUUUAGCACUUAUUAGAUGGAUUAGUUCAAAUGUUGAUAUUCCAACUGGAUUACAAUUACUUAUGAUUGAUCUCAACGGAAAUGUUACUGUUGAUGAUGAAUUACUUUAUAAACAAUUUUCCAAUGCAAAACGUGAUGUCGAACAACAAACAGAUACAACAUCGAUUUUAAAAUGGAUUAGUCGUAUUGUAUUGCGAUUAGCAAGUGAUUGUUCAAUAUCAUCAAAAUCAGAUCGUUCAAUAGAAUUUGAAUCAUUUAAUGAUUUUCUUAAACAAUUUCAUACUGUUUCAACUGAUGAUCGAUCAACAUUAUCUGAUGAUGAUGAAGGCAUUAGUAGUGAUGACCUUGAUGAUGAAGAUAUUAGUCGAAAAGCUAUUCAUCGAGCUUUAAUGAAAUGUAUCGAUUAUGUAACAUCAUUUUCAAUGACUAAUUCUUCAAAUAAUGAUGAAAUUAAAACAAAUACAAGUGAAAUGCAAGAUUUUGAAAGCAAUUCUAUUGCACUUUAUAAUCAAGAAAUUAUUCAAAUUCUUUGCAGUGAUACGUUAGAAUUAGAGAUUGAAUUAGCACGCGAUCUUCGACAAUCAUCAUUUGAAUUAUCGUCAACAUUAACAACACAAGCUCUUCCACAUGAUAAUACAUUUUAUUCAGUUUGGGCACAAUUAUGGCGUGAUGUAACCAUUGAAUAUUUACAAUUUAAUGAUCAAAAUCAAUUAAGAAAAGUUUCAUUAGAUAAUUAUGGUAAUUUAAAUAAUUCAAUGAAUGAAAAUCGUCGAUGGUCAACGAGAGAAAAUGAUCGUGUCCUUGAUGAAAUAGCUAAACGACAACAAAACUUAAGAAAAACAAUUCAAUUAAAUCGGAAAGAAGAAUCAGAUAAUCUUUGUUUACAUGAUAAAUUAAUGUCUGAAAUAAAACAAAAACGUAUUUUAAAACCAAUUGCAAAUCAAUCAUUGAAUUUAACAAGAAGUUUAGGAUCAUCUCGAAAACGAAUACGUCCUGUUAAAGAUUUAACGGAAAGUGACAUAAGUUCUGAUGACGAUGAUGAACAACGAGAUGAAUAUGGUCGAAAACGUGUAGCAGUAAUUGACUGUCUUCUUGAAUCAUCAUCUUCAUCUUCACCUGAAGAUAUAACUGAUACUGAAUCAACAAUCAAAAAUAAACGUGUAAGUGAAAAUGGCGAUGAUUAUGUGGAUUUAACUAUGGAUGCUUUAAAUUUAAUGAAUAAUAAUAAGAAUACUAAAUCAUCAUCAACUAAAAUAAAUUAUACACAAAUAGAACCUUUUGAAUUAGCAUAUAUAUCUAUGGAAGACAUAAUUCGGUUAAUGAAAGAUAAUUCAAAUACAUUAUCAUUAACGUUUGAUGAAUUUUGUCACAUUCGAAAUGUAAUUACACGAGCUGAAUUAGAAACAUUAUUAUUCGAUGAAAAAUUAUAUGCUGAAGUAGCUCAGGGGAAGUUAUGCUUUAACUGUCGAAAAAUACAUUUUAAUUUAUUGACAUUCACAUUUGGUAUUCAGUGUAAUGUUUGCAAACAAAAAGUUUGUCGAAAUUGCGUUACACAAAUUGCUUUACCACAAGAAAAAUUAAAUACUGUACCAAUACAUACAUUCACUCCAGUAGCAUUUCCACAAUCUCUCUUCAAUUCAGAUAGAUCUUAUUCACUCGAUAAUCAAUCUCCUCUUACACCAGUAAUGAAUGAUGUAUUCAAUGAUACAAUACAUGAUGAAUCUGAGUCUCGUCGUAGCUCAACUCCAGCUAAUGUUCGCAAUAUUUCUGAUUUAAAUAAUUGGCGUACAAAACCAAUUGAUAUAUGCACAGACUGCUUUUUUCUUUUACAACAAAUAAGAAAAAAAGCACGACAACGUCAUGUUAAUCGACCAAUAGUUCCAUCAAAAUCAUCAUCGUUUAAUCGUUCACAUCAUUCAUCAUCACGUUCACCAUCAACUUAUAAUCUUUCAUCAUCAUCAUCUGCAUCAUCUAUUGCUGCUUUGUUAGCUCAAAAACAACAGCAACAACAACAAUUUUCAUUAAUACCGAAGUCAAAUUCUAUUCAAUCAAAUUUAAAACAAGCAAAAUCAGUACAAGAAUUAUCAGGCAAUAAUGAUCCAUUACAAACAUUAACAACAAUAGGUGCAACCGGUGGUACACCAAGAGUUACUUUAUCAAGACGUCAUCUCUUUCUCAAACUUCAACCAGCAUAUGAUGGAAAAUUAAAUAAUAUUAAAACUGGUUGA